AUGAACUACUCGAACAACUUGUAUCCUCCUCGCAACGAUGCCACACAGUUGUCCUUCGACUCGUCUUACUCUGCCAACACCAGCCCGAAUCCCGGCUACGACCCCCGUAUGCGUGCUGGCAUGACGCGUACACCCAGUCCGACACCUAGCGAGGUCGAGCUUUUGACCAACAAGGGCUUCAUGUCGGUACCAAAGAUCCGCGAUCUUCCCAAAUACCUUCACAGAAAGUAUAUUGUGAACUGGAUCGUCAUCAUUCUACUUCUUGCCAUCACCAUCUUGACGGUCGCAUUCCAUGACCAGAUUGUGGACUGGUUGAAACCUAUUGGUGACAAAGUGAAAGCUCUUCCAGCAGGCUGGCUAAUACCUGUCGCGAUUCUGAUCGUCAUGUCAUUCCCACCAUUGUUCGGCCACGAGUUCGUCGCCAUCAUCUGUGGUGUUGUGUGGGGUCUCGGUAUAGGCUUCGGUAUCGUCGCGCUCGGUACUCUGCUAGGCGAGAUCGCCAACUACCUCGUCUUCCGCUACAUGUGCAGCGCGCGCGGCGAGAAGCUGGAAAAGACGAACAUGAAAUACGGUCUCUUAGCCCAUGUCAUCCGGGGGGAGGGGUUCCUCCUCAUCCUCAUGAUUCGACUGAGCGCCAUCCCGCCUCAUUUCACUACUGGUGUAUUUGCAACCAUCAAGAUGAACUUCUUCGUCUUCCUUGCGGCUGCAGUCCUCUCGUUACCGCGUCAAUUCGCCACGGUGUAUCUCGGCGUGCUCGCCGAGCAGGAUAAAGACACCGAAACGAAGGGCCAAAAGAUCGCCACCAUCGUGGUCAUUGUCGGCACGAUUUUGAUCACUAUCAUCGCCAUGCGCUACGUCAACCGCAAGAUCGACGCCGCGAAACCUGAUUUCGUCUACGCACGCCGGAAGGCCCGCCAGGCGGGUGGUCAAUUGGGCGACGUCGAGCGCGCCAAUGGACAUAUCCCCGCGAGCUCGGUAGACGUUCUCAUCACCCCCCAACCCAAGCCCGCCCGUCUCAGCGAUGAAGUGCGGAACAAUGCUGGCUCGGGUGUACCUCAAUAUUCGCCACCCACAUACUACGUCCAGCCGCCGCCGGGUCCGCCGCCGCGCAGGUACUGA